AACGGGCACAGCACUAGUAGCUUUAAAUGAACAAUAUGACAAGUUUUUCCUCAUUUAUGAUUGUAGUCUCUCUUGUGUAUUUCGCCAAAUAUUUCUUUCUGUAGAUUGGAACUGUUUCCCAAUCAGAAGCGUCACACAGCCGAGAUGAAAGCAAAAGGGAAGGCGCUCAUUGUCCUGGUGUGUGUGAAUACUAUCUGUGUGUUAUGGAGAGGAUAUAUGUCAUUCUCCCUGCCUCAGGACGAAAACCCCUGUGCUUGUGAGCGAUGUUUAUCUGAAGAUGAUCCGUGGUUUAUGAAGCGUUUCAACAAAUCUGUUGAACCAUUUUUGUCAGCAAACUACAAUCUCUCAGAAGACGCUUUCAACUGGUGGAAGCGCUUACAGCUUGAAAAGGGCAACUUCAGUAUCUUCAGAGAAACAGUGGCGAGGCUGUUUCUGACGGUCCCACCCAGUCCAGAAGUUCUAGAAUCCAGCCCUGACCGCUGCAGGACUUGUGCUGUGGUGGGGAAUUCUGGUAAUUUGAGGAAAUCACAUUAUGGACCUCUCAUAGAUUUCCAUGAUGUUAUAAUAAGAAUGAAUGCUGGUCGAAUCAAAGGCUAUGAAGUAGAUGUUGGGACCAGAACAACUCAUCGUGUCAUGUAUCUAGAGAAUUCUGUGGAUUUAGAUAACACCACUCAUCUUGUGCUGGCUCCAUUUAAGAUACUGGAUCUUGAGUGGCUCACAAAGGCCCUCACCACAGGAUUCAAAGGACGAUCAUAUACACCAGUAAAAUCAAAAAUAAAAUCUAAGGAUUUGGUGAUGGUCCUUAAUCCAGCUUUUAUGAGGUAUGUUCAUGACAUGUGGCUGGAAAAGCAAGGUUAUUACCCCUCCACUGGCUUUAUGGCUUUGGUUUUUGCCCUGCAUAUGUGUGACAUGGUCAGUGUGUUUGGUUAUGGAGCAGACAGUGAUGGAAACUGGAGUCAUUACUGGGAAGAACUCAUGGACAAAAAGUUAAAAACUGGACCACAUCCUGGAGAUACAGAGUAUAGAAUGAUCCAGGAGCUAGAUGAGCAACAGAAACUCAAGUUUUAUACAGGGUUCUGAUGUUUCUCUCAGCAUUUAAAGGACGGUUAGUAGUAGAUAACAGUAGAAGAACAUGAAGGGAUUUCUCAGCUGCCGAUUGUCUAUGGUUUAGACAGAUACCGAUCUUUGUGUUUUUGUAUCUAAAUCUGCUGCGCUUACUAGGCAGAUGCUACUUCUGGAUUAUGUACUGUAGAAUGCACAAGUUAUAAUUGUGAUACAAUAAUUAGUUGAAACAAAUGGUUAAAUCUAUAACGAGACUGUCCCUAAAUUAUCUGAUGUAACCUAAAAAGUAAUGGAUAAAAAACUGUGCCAAAAUGUCUUCUGUUUAGAUUGAAUCAGAAAG